AUGUCAAAUCAAGAUUUAUCAUCAGUCAUUCCAUCUGACUUUCAUCAUCUCAAAGCUAAAUUCAGUUUACCAUUAGCACCUGUUUUCUUACCAAGACCAACUAGAAUUAGAAAUUACAAACCAAAACAUGAAGAAACAAAGACUGAAAAAGAAGAAGAAGAAGAAGAAAUCUCAAUCCAAUUAGAACCUACAAAAGAUUUUUCAAAUCGAAUAGAUAAUUCAGGUGGAGCCGUCGAAGCAGUCAAUCAAAUCUUAUCUACUCUCUUAAUGAAAUAUAUUCCAAACUUAGGUUGUGUUUUAUUAUCUUAUCUUUCACCACCUAUGUUUAUCUUUAAAGAUCAAAAUGGAAAAGAAUACACUCAAACCUCAAAUAAUCUUAAUCAAAACUUACCAUUUCAAACAAUCGUCGGAUCAGGUUGGUCGAUCAUUAAAGUUAAAUUGAAUUUGUUAGGUUGGAGACCCAAGAUUGGUGAUCGAUUGAUCGGAAAACCCACGAUGUCAUCUCCUUCACAUCUUUCUUUAAUCUUAUACCAAACCUUUAAUGCAUUCAUUCCUGCAAACCAUAUGUUAGGUGCUGGGUACAGAUAUGAUCCUAAUGUGGAGAUUCCUUCUAGUUGGAAAUUUAAUGGAAAAGAUCAAACCACAAAUCUUCAUCAAGCUAAUCAAUCGGGGUAUGAGAAUGAUGGUGAUGAUCUUGAGAUUCAUGAACGUGGUUGUUGGGUUGAUUCGAAUGGAGUCGUGGUGGGUGGUGAAGCUGGAGUCAUGAGCUUUACUGCUAUUAGUCUUACGAUUACAAACGAUAUGAUUUCAGUUACUGGUUCAUUACUCUCAGACCCGUUCUCAGUACCUGCAAAUGGAUACCAAUCCACCAGACCAAGCCGACCGAUUUCCCCAAGCCAAGCAUCUAAUUCAUCAAACUCAUCAGACGAAGAUGAUUUACCAACAGUAGAUUCGAUAACCACCAUGAACAUUGAAAACCAAGAUGAUCACCAAACUAGAAGGAAUCCUCCUUCGGUGACUUCUUCUAGUCAUCGAAAGAAAAAAUCGAAAUCUAAAGAUGAUGGAAGUUCUUCUGUGAAUGGUAGUUUAGGUAGAAAAACUAUGCUGGUUGAUUCUAGAUCUAAUCAACUUAAAAGGUCAGGGAUUGAUGAUUCAUCAAAUCAAAGUCCAAAGAAAAAGAAGAAGAAAAAAGCUUAA